AUGUCAUCUGAAAUAAAAGAAAAUAAAAUUGAUGCUAGCGAUGAAGUUACAUACCUCGAGUUUAAAGGAGAUAGGGCAUCGGCCUCCAGUGAGUAUAUUGCCCUUUUGGAAAAAAUUUUAAAGUCAGCAUGUAAGAAACAGAAAACAUCUUAUAGUUCAAGCCUAAGAAGUCUCAAAAUUACAGAUUAUUUAAAACUCUCGGAUAACAAAAUUCUAAGUAUAUUAUACUCAUACCCAAAUAUAACCAGUCUAAAUUUUGAACAAAAUAGAAGUUUUAUUGAUGCAUCACUUAUAGAAAUUACCCGAUCAUACUCCAACUUAGAAUCUCUCAAUAUCUGCGAUAACCAAGAUAUCACUGGUCACUCCAUAUAUAAAAUUGCUCAAUCUUGCCAAAAAUUAUGCAACCUUGAUAUUGGUUUCUGUGGGAAUAUCACUGAUAAUUUUGUAUAUAAAACAGUAAAAGCGAGUUGUAAAUUAGAACUUCUGUGUAUUGGUGGAUUAAAAUGGUAUAAGCCAAUUUCUGAUCGAACAAUAUCUGAUUUAUGGUCAACUUAUACAAAUCUCAAAGAUAUUAUACAAUAUUGCAAAAACAAGAUUAAAGAUAAACAUUAUCAAAAAUCAAUUGUGGAAUUGGAGCGGAAUAUGAGAGGUACAACUGAAAGGCUCGGUUUGAUG